ACAGCAAUAACAAGUAGAACAAGCUAAUGAGCGCAUGCAUUUAAAAAUAACAUUUGAAAUGAAACAUACCCAAAUAUAUACGAAUUGAGAAUUUAAGAUAUUUUAAACAGCUGUUGCUCAUCGUCGGCAGCAGAUUUUAAAUAAAUAGCACAGCACAACAACAUCACGCACAACGCGAGCGCGAACAACAAACAUUCAACAAACGUACAAAAAUAAAAGAAUUAUAUAGAAAAAAAAAAACAGAAAAGAAUUGGAAAAAAAGCAACGGCAAUUUGAAAUAACUUUUGGACAAGUGGAGAGUGAACCAACCGAGUGGAGGUGUGCCACCCCGGCCCCCGUCCUCGCCCGCGCCCAUCAUCAUCGCAGCGACAAGCCAACAGCCGCCAACGUCGUUGGUGCUAAUGUGCAAAGUUUUGUGUUUUCAUCAGCAACAACAACAACAACAACAACUACAACUAGAACAACAAGAGUGAAAAAAAAUCAGAGAAAAUUAUUUAAAAAGUGUGUGCAAAUAGACGACGAAAAGUGGGCGACCAGAGUGGCUGCCAGCAGCAACAACAACAACAACAACAAUAGCAAGAAUAAAAACCCCUGGAGAAUUAACAGAACGGAAAACAGUUGCCGAGUUUGCUAAAAAUGCCCUUCGUGACACCCCGUAGCACAACAAGCGCUGGCAGCGGCGCCGGCAGCGGCAGCGGCAGCAGCGGACGUACCACAUUUCGUCCACCGUGGGUGAAGGGGGAGGAUGCGGCCACCACAAAGCCAGCGACAACGCCCUGGGCCAAGAAGGCAACCGCCAACGCGACCAAGGAAAAUGGCGAAAAGGCACCGGCAACCGCAGCGACCACAGCGACAACGGCCACGACAGCCAACAGCAAAGCAAAGGCAGCGCCCGAAAAAACAACAACAACUGCGGUGGCCAAGAAGUCAGCUGAGCCAGCUAAGAAAUCAGCUGCGGAGCCCGUCAAGAAACCAGCAACAGCUGCUCCAGCGACCACAACAGCAGCUGCCAAAAAGAACGCCGAACCCAUUACUAAGAAGGUGACUGUGCCGGUGAAGAAAGCGGCUGCAGAGCCCGCAAAGAAAGCAGCUCCCGAGCCUGUGAAGAAGGCAGUGCCAGAGCCAGUAAAGAAAGCGGCAGCAAGUGUGGUAACAAAGAAGCUGCCGGCUAAGAAGAAGGAACCCACGCCACCGCCAGAGUCAUCCUCUGAGGAAGAGGAGAGCGAGGAGGAAGAAGAGGAAAGCGAAGAAGAAACCGAGUCCGAGGAAGAAGAGACCGAGGAGGAGGAAACCGAUGACGACGAGGACGAAGACGAAGACGACGAUGAUGACGACGAUGAUGAUGACGACACCACAAUGGAGGCCAAGGUGCCAGAGCAUGUUAAGAAAGCCGCACAACUGCGUCCAACGCAGGUCAACAAGCGAACGGAGCCGCAGGAAAUUCCAGCGCCUCCGCCGCUGCCAUCCCUGGUUCCAAAGGCACCACCACCACCACCGCCCCCAUUGGCUCCCGGCGAGAAGCGCGUGCUAUCCGAAACGCAGAAGAAAACGCUCGAAAAGCUGAAAACACGACCACGCCGACGACCAGACUGGUCCGAGAUGAUGAAGGAGGUCGAGAGCGGCAAGAAGCUUCGCCAUGUGGCAUGCAACGAUAGAUCUCAGCCCAUAUUAACGUGCAAAUCAAUGACCAAAGUGGACGACAAGUUCAUCUACGAAACAGAAAAGGACAAUUCGCACAACAAGCUGCUUAAGCAGAUCCAAGGUGGAGUUCGCCUACGUCCAACACAGACAAACGAUCGCAGCAAACCCAUCCUUGAAGGUUUGCGCAAGUUCCGUCGCCAGAAGACUAUUGAGGAGCAACUUCUCAAGUCCCAAUCGAAGGUUAAUAUGUUAAGUGAGGCGCCUAGCAGCCAUGCCCUGGGACCAGGAGCGAAUGCUAGUGCACUUGGAGCUGGUAGCUCAAGGCCCAGUAUUGUGUCAGCCAUGUCGAUUGAUGAGGAAAGUCCCGAUGAGUUGGAUGACAUUGACAAGAUUCGUGACGAUCUGCAGAGCACAAAACAAAUGCUGGCCAUGGAACUGCGCAAUCGUGAGGCGCAGGAGCGUGAGAACAAGAAACUGCUGGCGAAGAUUAGGACUUUAGAAACGGAACUGGAGCGAGAGAAGUCGAGAGAGAAGAAUUUGGAGUACGGUUCAAAUGUCAUUGUUGCCACCAUGGAUCCAACGCCCACGUCGGAGCAAGCGUAUGUCAAUUCGUUGAAACGCGAAGUGGAAGAUGCGAGAAAGGUGUCCAAGGAGGUGGAACAGAACUAUCACGACACCAGCGAACUGCUCGUCGAUGCGAAAACGGAAAUCGAGGAACAAAAGAGACAGAUACAAUUGCUGGAGCGCAAAUUGGCAGCGGCGCUGCAGGGCAAUACGACGCCAAGCACUAACAGACCGCAUAUUAGUAUUUGCUUUGCUUACGACGAUGACAACGAUGAUUACUACGACCAGUUGAACUCCAAUUAUGGUAAUCACGGCCUGCACAAGGGUGGCGGCUCAUUAGAUGGAUCGAGGAGACCAAGCGAUGUGCACUUUGGACGCGACAGCUCGCCAGAACUGGAUCUAGAGCUUAGUGAAAGCGAUCCCGAUGAACCCGAGGAAAAGAAGACAGAGCGAAGAGAACGACGACUGGGCAAGGAGGUGAAAGUGUUACGCAGCAAACUGACCAAACUCAAGGUCAAGGAGGAGGCAGCCAAAAAAGAGAAGGAUGCACUGAAGCAGGCUAUGAAGAAGAAUCAUGUUAUACUCAAGGAGGAAAACAAAAAGUUCAAGAAACUGGAGAAGGAAGUGCAGAAGAUGGCUGCAUCCAUGAAGCUGGACGAAGACGAAUUAGACGGCGAAGAUAAAGACGACGAAGAAGAAGCCGAAGCAGAGGAGGAGGAAGAGGAAGAAUCCGAAGAAGAGUCGGAGGAAUCUGAAUCAGAAGAAAGCGGAGAGGAAUCAGGCAGCGAAUCAGAGGCAGAGGACUCUGCCAACUCCGCCAAAAAGGGAAAUCUGGAGCCGAGGGUGAAGAAGCACGAGAGUCGCUUUGCCGCAAUGAAGAAGUGCAACGUUCUGCUGCAGGCGAAUGUGGACAAUUUGCAGGAUCAAAUUUCACAGGUGCGUUCCAGGGCAACGAAUCUGCAGGACGAACUGGAUGCCGUAAUUGCCGAUUUGGGUUUCUAAAUACAACACCAACAGCAGCAGCAACAACAACUGCGAACAGCUGAAGCCAACAAUCGAAUCGAAUGUACAACGUGUUUGUUUUCUGUUUGCGUAGUGUUCCUUUUUUCAAUGUAUUUAAAUAUAAUAAUAUUAUCAAAACAUGUAAA